GCUUCACAUCGCAGUUCGCGCGCUUUCUGUCCGCUCAGCGUGGAAACUUCCAUUUGGUUGACGAGAACAAGAAUGAAUUUCGCCAGUUCAUUCCCAAUAAUGCGAGUGCAGCAGAUUUCCGACGUAUAUUGCGUGUGAGGGUUUGCUUUGGUGUUGGUGGUAAAAUGACUCUGGUGUCUUUUGAUACUUGAUGAUUGUGCGUAUACUACCCAUUCUGAAAACACCGAGGUUCGAAAAGUUGAACUUGGGAGGAGGUUCGUAUCAAGUUCGCCUCGUCUGCAUCACUUUCACCGCUGGUGACGGCACCCGGCAGGAAAGCUGACAAUCAAGUUCAGAUUCUUGAAUAUGGCUCUCUAAGUGAGGAUCUUCAAGGACCUUAUUUUUUGUGUACAAAGAUUGAUGGUUUCACUCUUGAGGAUGGAAUUCACGCCCAAGAAAUCGGCCCUUACCACUGUUAAUUCAAAUGCCUUGAGGCAUAAUCCUUAUGCAUCAGGUGGAAAUCAGUUUAUUCAGAAAUUCAAAAACCAUAGAACCAUGGUACAUGUUACGCCUCCAAGGUCGGAUGUCAAGAGACGGUUUAACACCCGUACAGAUAGGAUCCUGUCUUCUGCAAAGACUCCACUCCCAUUGGAGAAAGUCAAAACAACUCCAGUUAAACCUAAGAAGUCUCCUCAACCCACUAAGCGACCUUUUCGUACCAUCAAUGGAGAUUUAGACAGUAAUGACCCUUAUAAUGUGUUCACAGACAGUGACGAGGAGUGUCAGCCUGUUCCUCGAAAGGAAGCUAGAACUCAAGAAAUUAAUGACAAGGAGAACCAGUAUCAGUCCAGUGAUGAUGAGAUCUUUCUCUCAUCUAGAAAGGAACAAAAGAGUCCAGUGUGGUUACAGAAAACGUCUCCACUUGGGAACCCAAAGCCUAAAUCUGUUAAAGUAUACUCCAAUAAGAGAAAGCCUUUGCGCACAGUGAAGUCUAGAUUAGUUAGUGAUGUAUCUCCAGAUCUGGUAGAAAAAGCUUAUGGACCUAAGUCACUUUUUUCUGCAGAAAAAGAGAAUGUUCCUGUAUGUAAAUCUGCAGAUUCAUCAGUUCACCAAGUCUUGUUGCCACAUUUGAUUGGAUUUCCAAAUUAUGGCAACACUUGCUAUCUUAAUUCAGUACUCCAGUCUUUACUUGGUUUGCCUACAUUCCUGUGUGAUUAUCGUCAGAUUGCAUCGGAACUAGGCGUGAAUAGCAAUUCUUUAUUUUAUGGUCUCAGCCAAGUUUUAUACAGUCGGAUGAAGGGUCAAGCAUCUGGUGUGAAGCUUUCUUUAAGAACUGUCAAGGAGAAUUUGGAGAGGAUAGAUGGCUCUUUCUCAGGUUUUAAGAUGCAGGAUGCCAAUGAGUUCUUGACCAAAAUUCUUGAUAUAAUUAAAGAUGAAAUUGAUGUGUGUUAUGCUAGUCAGUCCCCUUUGCCCUCGACUGUUAAGGUUAAAUCACGAGAAUCUCUUGCUUGUAGCUCUGAAAUCAGUGAUGAAGAAAUAUUUCUAAAUGGUGCAAGAAGUGGAAAUGACGAUCCAUGUGACUUAAUAAUGGAGGUUACAGAUGGUGACAGUGGUAUUCAGGACUGUGAUAAUGUGAAUUGUGAUUCAGACUCUGGUAGUGUGUGUGUAAAGGAGAAGAGUCUCAAGAAGAGGUUAAGUGAGAAAGUCUGUGAUAUAGUUCAAACGGAAACAAAUCCCACUCAUUUAUUAAAAAAUCCAGUGAAGGACAAUUUUGAAUUUCAGCUUCUAGAAUCGUACAGAUGCUUAGGAUGUGGUGAAGUAGAAGGAAGGAAACAGUCAUAUUUUGGGUUGUAUGUAAACCUUCCAGAUAGUGGAGGGCAUACACUUCAGGAUGCUGUGUCAAGUUACAUGGGUGAGGAUGAACGAGAACUGACAUGUGAGAAGUGUGGUCAUGGUACCUCAUCAGUUGUUACAACUGUAACAAGUGUUCCCAGAAUUUUAAUAAUACAACUGAAGAGGUACGAAUAUAAGCCAGAACAGUGUGAAAGUAUCAAGAUGUCUUCAAAAGUAAUUGUUAACAGAUGGAUAACAUUGGACGACUUCAUUGUAGAAGGUGUGACCGGACCAUCCAAAUGGAAUCCUGAUGCAAAGAGGAAGGUUGCACCUCAGACCCCUACACAAACUACUUUGACAGUGCGUAAUUUGUCCUCCGAGUUGAAUAUAUGUAGUACAAAAGAGGAGGAAGGUAUACUGCCUUCUUUAAGUCCAGUAAAGAUAGCUGGUGACAGCAUUACUGCAACAGUUGAUGAAGAUGAAGAAUUACAGAUGGUAAUGCGUCGUAGUAUGGAAGAUGUUCAAGGAGAACAAGAGGAGGAUGAAAUACAGCAGGCUAUCCGUCUAUCUCUUCAAGAUAUGGGGAUGAGUUAUUCACAAGAAAAUCAGGAGGAAAAUCUUGAUCAGGUAAAUGAGGAAAACAUACAAGAAGAAAGUAUUGCUGUUGCAGAAAAUCAAGAGAGCAGAAGACAUGCCUACUGCUUGAUCAGCAUUAUUAGCCAUUUUGGCCUAACUACAAAUACAGGACAUUAUGUGUCUGAUGUUUACAACUGUGAUGAAGAGUCUUGGUUUCACUAUGAUGAUGAAUCUGUUGCAAAGAUAUCGGAGUCUGUUGUAUUUGCUGAAGGAAGACAGAAAAAUGGUUACAUAUUUUUCUAUAUGCAUAAGGACUUGAUGCACAAAAUUAGAAACAAGGAUAAAAGAUAGUGGGUUUGUUGAAUGAAGAAUCGUAUUAUGGAUCCUGUUUUUAAUUUAAGAAUCAGUUGAAUAAUACAUAUAAAUUGCCUAUACUCCAAUAAACGCCAUUGCUACUGGGCUACGAAGAUGACUACCACCAUUACACCAUGUGAUUGAUAUUGCAAGGGUCAUAAGGCCAAGGCACACAUCCAUUUCUUUGCUAUCCUUCUUUAGAGGUUUUCAUGGACUACAUAGAGUCAAGAUUUGUCAGGGAUCAUUCAACACAUGAAGACAUGAAAUCUAAUCUACAUCCAAGUAUUCUGAAACAUUGUUCCUCUUAUUAUAGUAUUUAAAGUUUAGAAUAUUCUUUUUUCCCUGUUUUAAACUGAUUAUUGACUCCCUUCCCUUCUGUCGGCCCAUUCUCCGUAACCCUGCAUCAGAAAGACAUGUUAAUAACAUGUCAAAAGCUAAGAGCAUACCAUUUCCAUUUAACAAGCAGUGAGUUAGUACUAAUUUGACACAUUUCUUGUUUAAAAAUAAGGUUUUGAAAAAAAAGUAAUUACGUAUAUACAAUUAUAAGGUUUUCCAAAGCAAUUUGUUGGUAAAAUUUAAUUUUGUUUUUUUAUAAGAAAUUCUUUGAGACAUGGCCACCCUACCAUAGUAGUUUGAGAAACCACUAACAACUGAGUUUAUUUUUUUUCUAAACUAGCCCCAGUUGUUACUGCAUUGAGGGAAGGUCAAGUAAAGGAUCCCAAUUAAGACUUGUCCCAGUUGGGAUUUUACCACACCCGAGACAACUGGGUGAUUUCCAUGUUGGCAGACAAGUUAAUCAUUAAUGUAAAGUCAGUAUUAGGGAUAGCCCAAGGUUUUAGCGAUAACAAACUUAUGGAGAAUGUAAAUUUUGAGUUUGCUUUUCAAGAAAUGAGUCUUGCCCUGUAGUCCAUGAAGUACAAUUUCGUUUUGUGGUAAUCCUCUUCAGUGCUUUUAAUUAUGUAGUGGAUUAAGUAUUCCACAAUUUAUUCCCAAGUUUGAUUUUCAGUUUGAAUAUUACAGACAAGGCAUUAUCCAUUAGAUUUUGGACCAAUGGUGCAUUGCUAGAUAUAUUUAAAUAAAUGGUACAAAAACAUUUGUAAAAACUCUGUUUCUUUAUUUUUUCAUUUUAUUUUUAGCUAUUCUGACAAAGUGCAAUAUUUACCAUAAUUAAGACCAUUUUUGUUAAUUAAAAACAGAACCUAUUUGAUAUGUAAAUAGUGGCCUAGUCAUUAUUAUGUAUAAUUGAGCAUUUUUUAUGGCAGGUUGUUGUACAUAGGUUUGAUUAUACACAAAUAAAUAAAUAAAGUAA